GUUCCUAGCUUCAAGCUAGGUGAUCCGGCAAAAGCCAGUCGUUUUCUGAGCUUUGAUUGUGAUCAUGCCGCUGCUGUGGUUUAUGGUCCGACGGCGGCGGCAGCUUGCAAGACUGAGAGUGUUGACAUUGUGGCUGAAGAGAAGGCGCAGGUCGAAAUGCUCAUGUUCAAUUGGCCGAUCAAGAUGUUCCAGCCAGCGAGAGGAUGCUGGUUCAUUCCACGGGGGGCCUGGAUUAAAGGAGAUCCCUGAAGACGCUGCCGUGGACACGGCUCAGAGUUUGAGUUUAGCAUGGAAGAUUUGCGAGAAUCAUGCGCCCAAGUUUGCGCUGGACCGUGGCGACCCGAGUGGUAAGAGAUUCAACGAAAGCUCUUUGGGGCCCGAAGUGCCUGCAGAGCUUGAGCAGUUGGAAGUGGCUGCGGAGCUUGAGCAGUUGGAAGUGGCUGCAGAGCUUGAGCAGUUGGAAGUGGCGGCAGAGCGUGAGCAGUUGGAGAAUCCAGCUCCCAAAGUGGCAACAACUGCUGAACAGCCAAGAGCAGUUUCAGCACUUCCUGAUGAACUUUUCAAAAGGUCUGAAUCACCAGAUGCCCCGCUGCAGCCGGCCCGACCUAUACUCGCACCAGAACCAAAACCACUUCCAGCUCCACCGGUUGCAGCGGCACGACCUAUACCUCCACCUCCCCCUUCACUUCCAGCAAUGCCACUUGAACCAGCUAGGGCAGGGGAAAAGGUCUCAUUGUUUCAGGCGCCGGGUCAAAGAUCAUGUUUGUUACCUACCAGACCUACUAGGUUGCCGAAGGCCUUUACUGCUUGCCAGCCGCCGACCUUCUCAGUCCCGCGGAGAAUGCAAUUGGCACGUGAGGCAGCUGAAGGAUGCGAUCGAUCAACUUUGAACAUGAAGUGCUGUUAUAUCCUUGAUGCGAUGAACAUCAUGAAGCAUCGAAACCAGGGUGAACAGAAUGAUGGAAGGCUUAGAUGGACACAACUGCACGCUGCUGCAUCACACUACAGAAGGAACAUGCAUGACGUCUUGAUUUUUCUGCCAUGUCUGCCUGAGAAGGAAGUCAAUGAAUACAGGCAAGAGAUUAAAAUGCUUGGGGAUUGUAUCGUCACAACACCUGCACAUGUCAGUGAUGAUCUUUUCAUGAUCCGUUACGCCGAGAUGAUGCAUGAACAACGGCGCGAAGCGCGCAUAGUUUCCAACGAUCUCUUCAGACAAUACAUCAUGAGCAGCAGUUGGCGUGACACUUACCUCACCAGCAUCAGAGUGAGAUAUGCUUUUGCAGCUGGCACGUUCAUGCCACAGGAUGAUUUGUAGCAGCUCUUGGGCACAAUGGGUCAUAGUGCAGAGUGUCUUCUUACAAGGCGACGCUCUGAUGGGGACCAGCUGAAAGAACUCUGACAGGACCUCCAGGUUUGAUCAACACUUCUUUUUUUCUCUUGAUUGUCAGUGUACAGACGCUUUGUCGGCAGACGUUUUCCACAUAGGAUACGGUGGACCUGGUGACCACAUGCCUGUCACGACUGGUCGUGCCAGCGUUACUUUCGACUCAUUCACGUGCUAACUUGAGGUUCCGAAGCCUUGGUUUUCAAUUGGCAGCGGAGAUUCCGGUUGAUCCCAAGGGAUUCGUCCGGAGCACCGUCCUUCUUCUCCUUUGCCGCACUCGGCGCCUCGUUGGCCCCACUUCCGAUCGUCGCCUGGUUGGUUGAG